AUGGCGGCCGCGGGCCCAUCGGCCGAAGAGCUGGCGAUCCAGGAGGACUACCGCAUCUGGCAGCGGAACACGCCCGUCCUCUACGACAUUGUCAUGUCGCACGCGCUCGAGUGGCCGUCGUUGACGGCGCAGUGGCUGCCCGACGUUAUCAAGUCCGACAGCCCCGACUACACGGUCCAUCGUCUCAUCUUGGGCACGCACACCUCCGACGAGCAGAAUCACCUCGUUAUCGCCCGCGUGCGAAUCCCCACCGAAGACGUGCGCAUCGACCCCAACCGCUUUGAUCUGGACAACCAAGAUUUCCUCGGCCUAACGUGCAUGGGCGGCAAAAUCGACAUCGAGCAGCGCAUCAACCACGACGGGGAGGUCAAUCGCGCCCGCCAUAUGCCCCAAGAUUCGAAGAUUAUCGCCACAAAAUCGCCGAGUGAAGAGGUCUACAUCUUCAACUACACGCUCUUCCCCGCCGGCACCGCCCCAGGCCCUUGCCAACCGACGCUUCGUCUCCGCGGCCACACCAAGGAGGGCUACGGCCUGUCGUGGAACCCGAACCAGGCCGGCCAUCUCCUGUCCGCCAGCGACGACCAAAGCGUUUGUCUGUGGGACAUCUCGGCCAACGUGAACGCCAGCCCGGCCGGCAGCUACGUCGAGGCCAAGUCGAAAUUCAACGGGCACACCUCGGUGGUGGAAGACGUCGCGUGGCACGUAUUGCACGACAACGUCUUCGGCUCGGUGGGCGACGACAAGAAGCUGCUGAUCUGGGACACGCGCCACGAUAACCAAAAGCAGCCGCUGCACAACAUUGACGCGCACAACGCCGAGGUGAACUGCCUGUCGUUCAACCCGUACUCGGAGUACAUCCUCGCCACCGGGUCCGCUGAUAAGACCGUCGCGCUGUGGGAUCUGCGCAAUUUGAAGCUGAAGCUCCACUCGUUCGAGUCGCAUCGCGACGAGAUUUUCCAGGUUCAAUGGUCACCCCAUAACGAGACGAUCCUCGCCUCCUCCGGCACUGAUCGUCGCCUGCACGUCUGGGACCUGAGCAAGAUCGGCGAGGAACAGAGCCCGGAAGAUGCCGAGGACGGUCCGCCCGAGCUGCUCUUCAUCCACGGCGGCCACCAAGCCAAGAUCUCCGACUUCUCGUGGAACCCCAACGAGCCGUGGGUGAUCUGCUCGGUCAGCGAGGACAACGUCAUGCAGGUCUGGCAAAUGGCCGAGGACAUCUGCAACGACGACGAGGGCGACGCGAUGGCCGAA